UAAAGACCUCAUACAGUUGAAGUACUGUCAGGUGAACAGUUACAAAGGCAACCAUGAGAGGCUUGGUGCUCUUUGCGAUGGCGAUGAUGCUGGCUGAGGUGUACGCUACUCACUAUCGUGGCGGUACAUUCUACUGGGAAAAACUUGGAAAAUCCAAGAUCCGAGUUCACUGGCGUCUUUCAUUCCAACUUAUCUAUUACUAUCCUGAGUACUAUUGUACAGAAACCGGACAACAUCUUAUCGCCGAAAAUCUUCUGGCUCUGACGUGUCUUGAUUGUGCUUCCAACAAGACCAUCUUAACACCACUGACAUUGGAAUGUACCUCAAUUUCACAAGAGAUGGGAUGGAGUCUCCUCGAUGGAUACGUAGACUACCAAGCAGAUCGCAAAGCAUUUACAAUGGGAUUUAUGACGACAGGCCCGUGCUCUGACAGUAGUUGGAUUCAGCUUCAAAACCACGGCUCGGGCAAGUGCUGGUCUCUUCUGACAACAGUUGAUACCUCGAAACCAAAUGACUCUCCAAAAGUUACAGCCGGGUUACCAGUAUAUAGAGUGAGGCAUGGUUGUAGGCGACUUAUUGACCUGAACCCGAUUGAUCCAAACAACGACCCUGUUAAAUGUCGAUGGGCAAAUAAAGCUGAAUGCCCCGAGGCAAGGGAUAGUACCGAUAAUGACCCUGUAUGUGGUCAAGCUACGGAUUUGACAAAGCUUUACGAGAAAGAGUGUAAGAUUGAAUUUAUCACCGGAGAAGACGAUUUGGAAGGAUGGUAUGGUGCGUCCGUAAUGAUUGAGGAUUUUCCAGAUACUAAGUUUAAGAAAGCAAAGAGUACAGUCCCAUUCCAAUUUCUCCUGGAUGUAACUUCACCCGGAUCAUGCGUUGGGCCAGGGAUCGAUUUGGAAGAGUGUAGUUUUAUCGCACCAGGUGAAACAUGGGACAGCUUUGUAAGUGCUUCCAUACAAGAGGGCUCAGACGCAUCAACAAUAACUGAGAUUCAAGGUAGUUAUCCACUGGGAACGAAAAUGUCAUACGUAAAAGGUUUUGAACCAAGCAAAAAAAUCGUCAAAUCUAAGCUGUCGUUCACUCCGAAGGAGGAAGGAACCUACAUCUUCAGCUUCACUGCUACUGACAAUAACGGAGUUCAAAACGACCCCAAGUCUGCACGCUUGAUUGUGUCAUCUGAAGGAAUUGACCUAAAAGAAAACGUGAGCCCACCUAAUAUCAUGUCGGACCUUUCAACACCAUCCACUAAUUCACUGUACGAAGGAACGGAUGAACUGUGGACUAUCAAAUUCGAUUCACCGGUUACCCGUCCUACGAAGAAAGCUUUUAUUAAGAUUCAAGAUAUGGCCAACAUGGAAGUUGUUGCCAAGUUCAAUGCCCUUGAUUCGAAUGUGGUAACAUUCCCCGAGAGUGAUCCAACAAUUGUUCGUUACCCUGCACCAACUGGACUUGAGGGAGGUAAAUCAUAUCUGGUAAAUAUCGAUGAAGGAUUUGGUGUCAAAGUCUUUACGACGCCCUGUGGAAAAAGUGCCAUGGCAGCCAGUGACACUGGCAUUUACAACUUUCAGAUCCCAAAACCACCUGAGCCCGAAGUUGAGUGUGGUGAUUCUUAUAUCACGGUACGUAUUCCCAAAGCCUAUGUGGGUAACGUUCCAGCAAGCGACCUUCAUCUCCACGACACAAGAUGCCGGAUUAAGGAAAGUGAUGAUAUAUACUACCAAAUUCAGUUUGGUUAUGAUGAAUGUGGAACCAUUAUUAAGAGUUCUAAGAAAACAAAGACUAAAUUCUACAAUACUAUUCGAGACGAUCCUAAACCAAUCUUCCCAGGAGCACCUGUAACACGUGCUAAGCACAAGGUGGAGAUGCAGAUCAUUUGUGAAAUGACGGGACUUGGCGUUUCUGAUGUCUUUUUUAAACCCUCGGCCUCUGUCAAUCCCGAGAAGUACAAAUCUUCUGGAGAGUUCAAAACUUAUCUUACAAUGUAUGAAGACUCCGGCUACAACAAUGCUGUCAGUGGGACCGAAGCAGUGGAUCUGAAGCAAACUCUCUACUUUGCUGCUCAGAGCACUUCUUCUAAAGAUGUUGCCAUCGAAAGCUGCAAAGCAAUGGCUAAAUAUGGAACAUGCACAGAAAGUGACAAGAAGUACACAUUCAUCGAAAAUGGUUGUGGUGUCGAUUCAUCGGUUAAAUUUAGCUCUUCUGGUUUGGAUCAUCGUUUUGAAAUCAAUUCAUUUGGAUUCCUGCAAUAUGGUUUAACCAAUGAGGUUUUUGUGAAGUGUAAGAUGGUAUCGUGUAAGCCUAAUACCAACUCGCGUUGUAGUGAAAUCAAGAGUGGAAACUGCUCUAGACGUCGACGAGCAAGCUCAUUCGAAGAAGAAACCGACACAUUCAUGACAUUCAGAAUGCUCUAGGUAGCAGAAUAAGCAAAAAGUAUAUUAAGGAAAUACAGAUACAUGAACGACAUAGAAGAUGAACUGGACAUCACAUAACUAAAAUAAGUUUAUUAUACUAACUUUCAUACCACAGCGGUGCUCUUCAGGAGACUGGCAUAGUCUAUAGUGUGUUGAAAAAUCAAAUGUGUGGAUGAGCUAUGCUAUGAUGCUUGCUGUAAUAAAUUAAUGUUAGUCUUUUCUUUGCAACUCUUGUUUGGCUUAAUUGAACUAUGACUGCUACAAUGAUUUAAAUUAAUGAAUGAAACUGAUGAAGUAUUGUUAUCAUCAUUACGGCGAUAACUGGAUGACAAAUGAUUAUCAACAUAAAAAUUAGACUAUCUUACCUAACCUCGGACUUAUUUAACAUCGUAGCUGACUCUGUCUGUAUCUAGGUAGCAUCUUUUAUUUCUGUUUUAUGUAAAGUUAUUAAAAUGGUUGCAGAAUUGAAAA